ACGUGUCUCCGGUGGACAUCAGAGGAGCGCAAAGUUCCCGACGAUCCAGAUGGGAAGAGUGGGAAUGCUUUCGCAAGCAGAGGGACCGAAGGACAUCACCUGAGACCGAUGUUAUUCACACGCGCGCGCUUCACGGCAGACGCAUGCGGCGCCGCAGGAUGCGUGCAGGCGGGAUUUGAACGUUUCCAGCGUUGUUGCAAUGCGGCGGGGAGGAAUCUGAUGAGAGCAGGGAUCUGGGACGGUGAAGGCUGGGAUUCUGCGCUGCUGUAUCUGGAUCCAGACCUCUGAUCGUGCUCUCUCUCCGGUUGCGCAUCGCGCGUUUCGGCGCUCAUUGAAGCCGCGACGAUGACCAGCGCGGAUCAGGAGCAGCAUCAGGACCGCACCAUGACGACGGUCUCCAAGAAAUCCAUCAUCGCCAAGAUGUUCAAAGUGCGUAAGAGGAGGGAGAUGCUGCUGGCGCAGGUGUGUUUGGUCUGCAGUGUUCUGCUCGUGGCGUGGGGCAUGUCGACCAUCCUGACCAGGACAGGUCAUGGUAUGAUUGUGGAGGAGUCGCACAUGGAAUCACAUGAUCACUGGGGUCGACGGCUGAUGUCCUCCACUCCUGAUAAUGCGACGGAGGUGAAGAACUGCACAGAGCCAGCCAUCCGUGAAUUUCCAGAUGAUAUUUUCACCAAUGCUGAGCGGAAGAGCGGUGCUGUACUGCUGCAUAUUAUAGCGGCUCUCUACAUGUUCCUGGCUCUGGCAAUCGUGUGUGACGACUACUUCGUGAUGUCUCUUGAGAAAAUCUGUGAGAAGCUGAAUCUGAGCGAGGAUGUAGCUGGAGCCACGUUCAUGGCGGCGGGGAGCUCAGCGCCCGAACUCUUCGCUUCUGUUAUAGGUGUCUUCAUCACUCACAGUGAUGUUGGAGUCGGAACGAUCGUCGGUUCUGCCGUCUUCAAUAUUCUCUGCAUCAUAGGAGUUUGUGGGAUCUUUGCCGGGCAGGUGGUCUUACUGACCUGGUGGCCUGUUUUCCGUGAUUCUUUCUUCUACAUAUUGUCUGUAGUUGCUCUAAUUGUGUUCAUCUAUGAUGAAAAGAUUGUGUGGUGGGAGAGUCUGGUGCUGGUGGUCAUGUAUGCUGUAUAUAUCCUCAUCAUGAAAUUUAAUGCAAGCUUGCAGAAGUUUUUCACAAGACGGAGCGACAAGAACGUUGCCAAUGGAAACGCAGCGGCCGGCAGUGAACUGGAGGACGUCAAGUCCAGUAAGGUUUACAGUCGAGGUUCGGUGGUAAUGGUUGAUGAAAUCAUCAAGGCCAGUCCUCCAAAUUACCGUUUCCCUGAAGCCGGUCUCCGUGUGAUGGUCACAAACCACUUCGGACCCAAGCCUCGUCUGCGCAUGGCCAGCCGUCUCAUUAUAACAGAGCGUCAGAGGUUGGUCCAGUCGGCUAACGGCGUGGAGACGGCUGUGGUGGACGGCAAGCCAGACAUCGAGAAUGGAAACGUGCCAGAAGACAAAACCACUGAGGAUAAAGAGAGUGAGCUCACCUCACCGUUCAGGUUACCAGCCGGCUGUAUGAACAGAACUAAAUGGCUGAUCUCUUGGCCGUUGUUAUUGAUCCUGUACUUCACCAUCCCAAACUGUGCCAAGUCUCGCUGGGAGAAAUACUUCAUGCUCUCGUUCAUCCUCUCCACCAUCUGGAUCGCCGUCUUUUCCUACUUCAUGGUGUGGAUGGUGACGAUCAUCGGAUACACGCUCGGCAUUCCCGAUGUCAUCAUGGGCAUCACGUUUCUGGCGGCGGGCACGAGCGUCCCGGACUGCAUCGCCAGCCUGAUCGUGGCUCGUCAAGGUCUGGGAGACAUGGCCGUGUCCAACACCAUCGGCAGUAACGUCUUUGACAUUCUGGUGGGGCUCGGCGUUCCCUGGGCGCUGCAGACCAUGGCAGUCAGUUAUGGAUCAGUUGUGAUGAUAAGCAGUCGGGGACUGGUUUACUCUGUGGUGCUGCUGCUGGGAUCUGUCGCGCUCACCAUUCUUGGGAUUCAUCUGAACGGGUGGAAGCUGGACUUUAAGCUGGGCAUCUAUGUGCUGGUGCUGUACGCCGUCUUCCUCUGCUUCUCCAUCAUGAUCGAAUAUAACGUCUUCACCUUCGUCAACCUGCCCAUGUGUCAGGAAGACUAAAAUCCCAUGGGCCGCUCCGUAUCCCAGAAUGCACCAUCCUGAUGUCACAACCUCCGUUCUUGCACUCCAGAACCACCAUCACCUCAGACUGGACGAAUGUUAGUCUUCAUGAGGACUAACGCUUUAUUCACGCUCCUUUCAUUCGACUCGUUUCACUGUGGAUGGAUGGACAAACGGAUACGAUCUUCCACUUAAGCUCAUUUUGCUGACCUCUGACCCCAGAUUUCGACCCAGAAAGAGGAACUUGUCCUCGGCAGCUCUUCUCUUCCAGUUUAAUAUUGUAAAAUGCACGGCAAAUACGGAGUCUAUGGACGAGCAUUCAUCCUUUCCUACAUGCCUACACUGAUCUCUUUCUUUUUUUUUGUCACUUUGUUGAAAAAUUUCUUUUUUUUAAACCGCUGAAUCUCUUCGUGAAGUCUUUAUUGCUCACACAACUGUGAAUUAUUUUGCAGAAUAUCAUUUUUUUUAGCCUAAAAAAAAAUGCAAGAGAAAUUAACAUUUUCAGUUAUUAUUGUGUCCUAAUCGGGUCAAUCGUCCAUGCAAAUCCGUGCAGUCUCAUUGGUCUAAAAAAUCUGCAUAUUAAUCAUCAACAGUGUUGCAGCUGGCUGUGAUUAUGUUGCAGCAUUGACUCUUUCGUUGCAGACGGACU